AUGCCAUUUGUCGCCAAACAAGCUAAUAGGAAGAGGGUGGUGAUUGUGGGGUCGGGCUGGGCUGGAGCUACCAUUUCUACGGCUCUGGAUGAACGAAAGUACAAAAUCACUGUCGUCUCGCCUGAGGAAACAACCCCAUACACGCCUCUUUUGGCCAGCGCUGCCUGUGGGCUCUAUGACUUCAGUUUGGUCGAGGCACCUGUCCGCCACCAGCGAAGGGAGAUUAGAUAUAUCAAGGCCAGCGUGGAGGAUGUUGACUUUGAGAAGAAGACUUGCAGAUGCAAGUCCGCUUUUGACGACCUCCCAGGCGAUGGCCAGUUUACACUUUCCUAUGAUCACCUGGUCUUGGCACCUGGCUGUACGAACAACACAUUUGGUACGCCGGGCGUCAAGGAGCACGCGAUGUUUGUUCGUACUGUGCGAGAUGCCAAGGCCAUACAGGCCCAUAUCCGGAACUGCUUUGAGAGGGCAUCGAUGCCAGGCUUAACUGGCGAAGAAAUUCGCAAAAUUUUGCACUUCGUCAUCGUAGGUGCUGGGCCGACCGGUGUGGAAAUUUCAAGCGAGUUAUCCGAUUUAUUCCAUCACGACUUUGCACGGUUGUACCCUCAUGUCAAGAAGCACAUACGAAUUUCGAUACACGACGUUGCCCCGAACGUUUUAAGUGGUUUCGACCAGCACCUGCAGGAAUAUGCGAUGACUAGUUUCGAUAAACGCGACGUGGAGGUGGUCACCCAGAGCCACAUUGAAAAGAUUGACGCCGGUGCUGUUUAUACUCGAGAGCUCGGAAAGAUUCCCUGCAACACGGUCAUCUGGGCUACGGGCAACGGCACUACGGCUCUUGUUGACAGGCUGGAAUGUCAGAAGACCGAGAACGGCCUCCCUCGUCUUCUGACCGACGACUUCCUGAGGCUCAAGGGUGCAAAUGGAGAUCCCAUCCCCGAUGUGUAUGCCCUCGGUGAUGCUGCCGACGUAGAGGGCGCUAGCCUGCCUACCACGGCCGAGGUUGCAUGCCAAAAGGCGAAAUGGCUUGGGUCUGCACUGAACAAAGAGUUUCAAGAGGGACAGAUCAGCCACUUCCAGUACACCCAGGCGGCUGUUGUCGCAUACUUGGGCCACAGCGACGGUGUCAUCGCUGGGAAGAGCGAUUAUACAGGUGCAGAAGCCUGGAUUGCUUGGCGGUCCAAGAACUUCAUGUGGACGCGGCAGUGGAGGCAGCGCAUUCUAAUUAGCAGCUUGAAUUUCACGAUCCAAAACAAUCAUGGAAAGCCCCUAUUCUUCUACGUCACCGGAAAGGAUCCUGAAUCUAACGACAGUUUCGUCGUCCUACAAAGGCAAGGCGACUGCUACAACUGGUACACCAAGCCCUCGAUAUUGGAUACCACCCGCAUGACGCCCUACUAUUUUGUCGACAUCGCCGAUGAGAGCAACGGAUUUCAUACCGAGAUGGGCGCGGACGAUACCAUAUCGUUCAUGCUUCCAGGCUAUACGACCAGUGCUCGCCUGUAUAUCUCUGAAGAGAGGCUUCGCUUCGGCACCAAUGUCGGCGGCCCUAACGAGGGCUUCGUUGAACCAUCCCCGACCAAUAAUGGCCUGCCGGAAUACAACGCUACAUGGCAAUUUAUCGAAUUUACCUAUGGCGAAGAAAAAUUCAUAGUCAAUCCUUCAUAUGUUGAUUUUGCAUCGAUGUCCCUCGACCUCACCCUGUAUUCCGGUCCCCAAAACACAGCCAACAGGGUCUCUGGUCUUGAGACCAACGCGUUGGACAAGAUUUGCUUGAAGCUCAACGAACAAGCCAAGAAAGACAAUCAGAGCUGGGCGCAACUAUGCCUUAAGGACGAAGGUGGAAACAACAUUCGAGCGAUCUCUCCAAACUUGUAUCUCGCCCUGCACCCCGACGACAAGAUGUCAGAUUUCUACACAGAUUACGUCGCCAAUGUAUGGAACCGCUAUCGGUCGGACGUUCUCACGAUUAACACCCAGGACAAUGGAAGCGGCAAGAAGGUAGACCAGGGAAACGAAUUCAUCUGCAGAGUUGGGUCUGACGACUUGCUCUGGUGUGACGGUAUUUCCUUCAGGAAGCCCACCACGGCUGAGAUCAUGGGCUGCGUACAGACCAAGGAUGGCCCAUUCGAAGUAACAGGGUGGGACAGGUCUCUGAUAGUGCCUCGUCUCUGUGCGGCCUUUACCCGCAGCACUUUACUAUCCCCGGACGGCAAAUUCCAGCCCAACAGCAACAUCACUGCUGACCGUUACUACAAUGACCCCACCACAAAUCAUUACAGUCGGAUUAUCCAUGAGACGUUGCUAGAUCACACCGGAUACGCCUUCGCCUACGAUGACACUAAUCCCAUGUCUAGCGAUCGCAAAACAGAGAACGCUGGUGGGGUGAUUGAGGACUCAGACCCAAGAAUGCUGCUCAUUACCAUCAAUUAG